AUGGCUGGAGCUGAACAAGUCACAGCGGAUGGGUCAACCAUGAUCGAACACAUAGAGCCCCUAAAUUCCAAUAACCCUAUUCCCAAGGCUAUUGCAUCAACCUCAAAGGUCAUUGGCAGAAGAAAGGCGGCUAAGGGCAAGGGCAAGGCGGCAACCAAGCUCCCAAAGUCAUGGAAGCUAGUCAAGCGUGCAGAUGGCGAAGUUCCAAAGGAAUCCAGGCAUGCAGAGAUGAUGCUACUCUAUGCAUCUCUCCUGGCAACUGGUCAAAAGAACCCUGACUACGCCGCUGUUGCUACCAUUCUGGGCAUUAGUUAUCAUACAGCUUUCCAAAGAUGGCAACGCCUCGAACGCCACCUGAAGCAAUUUGUUGUUGAGAAUAGCGGAGAUGUGGUUCAUAGCGGUACUAGCAAAAAGGAAACCAAGGUGACGAAUGAAUACAAUGGGAAGCAUGACGGCGAUAAGUCUGCAAAAACUCAGAAUACUUCUAGACUCAAGAAUGAGACGAUCAUUAGCGAUGAGGGAAUGGACAAGUACGAUGAGGAGCUCGAGAGCGAGGGGGGUUUAAGCUUCCGGGAAGCUGCUUUGCUUUGA